ACCGGCGACGCCCGCCCGGCUUUUUCCUUUUUUUUCCCCUACCCCACGUUCACGUUCACGUCCACACGGACACAGACACCGGUUUAUUUAAUUAUUUCUACCGGAUGAAACGUAUGGGAACGUAUGACGUCGCGCGUGCACUCAAGUGUUUGUGAGUGUGUGUGUCUGUGGGCGUGGAGGGAAAUGUCAACGUGCAGCGCGAGAGGAGGAGAAGCGGAGUGUAGCUGAGAGGAGACGAGGCUGCUUGUCACAGGAGACCGAAGUUCACCGGGAGUAAAGUUGUUCGCGGUGGAUGUUUCUGCGGCUUCCCGGUGCCAGCUCCCCCUCCUCCUCCUCCUCCUCUUCCUCCUCCACACACCGGAGCCCCGCCGCCCUCCCGCCACCUCUUCCUGGAUGUGAGGCGGGCAUCGACGCCUCACCAUCAGGCCACUCGUGAGCCCCCGGACCGCCUCCAUUUCUGAACCUCCUCCAGCAACGAUGUAGACCUGACAACCACACAGUGAUGAUGAUGAUGAUGUUGAUGAUGAUGCAGGGUCUCGCCGGGAGGAGGAGCAGCAGCAGCAGCAGCGAUUGACUCUCCCCCUCGGUUUAACCACACCUGGCGCUCUGUGUCCGUCCUGACUGGGCGGCCAGAGUGCUAUGUCAUCGGCCACACCCGCUGUGGCUCCACCCCUUAAGAAGGGAAGGAAGCCGGAGAAGGCAGAGGUGAUGGUCGACUCGGUUCAGGUCACCAGUGAGGAGCUAAGGAGCAAACUCAUGGACAUCCAGAUCGAGCUGCAGCAGGAGCGGGGCAAGGUUUGUAAGCUCCGUGAGCGGCUCCAGGAGCAGCGGCAGGCUCGGGAGCUGGAGCAGCACAAACAUGCCGUGGCGCUGACUGACCUGCGCGCCAAGCUCCACGAAGAAAAGCUACGCGAGAUAGCGGUCGGCCGCGAGACCCUGGUGCGGCAGCACGAAUUCGAGCUUGCGCGGUCCAUCAAGAUCCGGGACACAGAGGUGCAGAGGCUACAGGGGCUCGUAAAUGCACUGAGAGAUGGAGCUGCAGAUAAGCUCAAAAACGCUCUUCUCGGAGAGGCUCGGGAGGAGGCCAGGAGGGCGUUCGAUGGGGAGAGGAUAAGGCUACAGCAGGAGAUCCAGGAACAGAAGACAGCCAGGAAGCAGGCUGACGAAGCUCUGGCCAACGCUCUUCAGGCCGAUAAAGCAAAAGCAGUCGAUCUCCGCACAGCCUACCAACAGCACCAGGAUGAGGUGCAUCGGAUCAAACGGGACUGUGAGAGAGACAUCCGCAGAUUGAUGGAUGAGUUGAAGGCGAAGGACCGGGUUGUGUGUGCUCUGGAGAGAGAGCUGGGGCUGCAGGCCGGCUACGCCCAGAAGCUUCAGCUCCAGAAGGAAGCCCUGGACGAGCAGCUGGGUCACGUACGAGAGGCGGAGAGGUACAACCACGGCAGCCCCAAGAGAGAGGUGAUGCCUGGGAUAGGAGACAACCACGACCAGCUCAACAACCAGGAGGUGGAUGAGCGUGACACCCGAAGGUUCCAGCUGAAGAUCGCUGAGCUCCACUCAGUCAUCAGGAAACUGGAGGACAGAAACGCGCUGCUGGCCGACGAGAGGAAUGAACUAGUGAAACGAGUGCGAGAGGCAGAGAGCCAGAUGAAGCCCCUGUUUGAGAAGAACAAGCGGCUCUCCAAGAAGAAUGAUGACCUCUUGCAAACGCUGCAACGCAUGGAGGAGAAACUCAAGAACCUGAGCCGGGAUAACGCAGAGAUGAAGGAGAAGGCCUCCUCUCGGCAGCCCUCACAGCAACAAUCGAUGCCGCCACAGCUGAAGCGGCCGAGCUCCCUGACAGAUCUAAGCCACGCCCACGAGGAACAGGAAGUGGAGUUCCUCAAGCUGCAGGUUGCCGAGCAACGUGGCAUCAUCGACGAGCUCACGCAGGAACGUGACCGAAUGGUGAUGAGCAAGAAGAACAAACGGAAACCUCUCAAGCUGUCAAAAAGGCAUGUUGUGGAGACAUAUUUUGGAUUUGAUGAGGAAUCCAUAGACUCUGAGACAUCCUCUCUCACCUCCUACAACACUGACCUCACUGACCGCACGCCUGCCACUCCAGAGGAAGAUCUAGAAGAGACUGUGUCCCGAGAGGAGUCAGAGCUCCGUUUCCGUCAGCUCACCAGAGAGUACCAGGCUCUCCAGCGGGCCUACGCCCUCUUGCAGGAGCAGACCGGCGGCUCUCUGGAUGCUGAGAGGGAGGCCAGGACACGUGAGCAGCUGCAGUCGGACCUCAGCAGCUGCCAGGCAAAGAUCGUGGACCUGGAGAAGGCGCUGGUGGAGAAAGGCCAGGAUUCAAAGUGGGUGGAGGAGAAGCAGUUCUUGCUCAGGACCAACCAGGAUCUUCAUGAGAAGAUGUGUGCGUGGCAGCAGGCAGAGUCGCGUUUGCAGGCCGAGGUUCAGGAUGCUCGGGACCAGAAUGAGCUGCUGGAAUUCAGGGUGCUGGAACUGGAAGUAAGAGACUGUACCAACACCAAACUGUCACCAGGAGGCGACACCAAUGAUGUCAGCCCCAGACGAAGGACCUACAUACAGUGACCUGACAGACAGACAGACAGACAGACAGACACACUUGAUUCCUCAUGUGUAUGCAUCUGCAUCAUUCCUUGUUUUUGCACGGCAGCUGUGUGUAUACGCCCUCCACUGGACUGGAUUUUUUUUUUUUAAUGAAAGAAUGUUGUUUUUAAAAUGAAUAUGAUUUUUACAAGAAUAAAAAUGUAUUUAAGUUCA